CAUAUGUCAGCAUGAGGUAAACAAAAGCUGACCAAAGGCAAUGCACAGCUGAUAUAACCUUUAAAAAUCGUUUCAUGGCUGAUUGUUUAAAAUUUUGUCUCGUACUUUAAUUAAAUUUAAAAAAUUGCACAUCAUGUCCAAUAGCACAUCUGCAACAAGCAGCUCAACAUCAAGAGUAGCGAAACAAAAACAACAACAGUUAGAAAUUAAAGACAAAGUGCGAGUACUAUGUCUGCACGGUUAUCGCCAAAAUGGUGAUGCACUUAAAAACAAAUUGGGCUCAUUUCGGAAAUUCGCUGGAAAAUAUGCUGAAUUUGUGUUUCUCACGGCGCCACAUCAAGUAGUACUACCAGAAGCAGGUGGUGAUCAAGCGCCUGAACAACGUAGUUGGUGGGCCAACAAGGAUGAUGGUACUUUCAAAGGUACAAACAAAGGCGGACCGGCUUUUGGUUUUCAAGAGAGUCUGGGUUUAGUUGAGGAGGCGUGGGAGAAACAGGGACCAUUUCAAGGCUUAUUAGGUUUCUCACAAGGUGCCUGCUUUGUGGGUUUAAUUUGUGGUUUGGCGAAAAAGAAAUUGACGUCCAUACGACCGGAUUUUGCUAUACUAUCCUCUGGAUUUCUUUCUGGUAGUUUAGCGCACAAAAGCGCAUAUGAAGAAAUUAUUACCAUACCUACGCUGCAUAUAUAUGGACUUAGUGAUGAUAUCAUACCCAAGGAAAUGAGUCAAGAAUUAGCGCGACAUUUUAAAAACACGGAAGUAUUAGAACAUCCAGGUGGUCAUUAUUUCCCGGCGACUGCGGAACAAAAGCAAACUUAUAUUAACUUCUUCCAAGAUCGUUUGCAAGAAUACUUGGAGAAUUUAGAAUUGCAACAAUCAAACAAUGCUACGUUCCUUGAAACAGAGGAGCAACAGACUGCUGUUGACAGCAGUAACAGUAACGACUCGGACUAGAUAAAGAGGCUAGGGCGACACCUGUAUCUAAGUGUGGGUUUUAAUUAUUUAAAUCAACACAAAGUAUACAAGUGAUUUCCUUUCAUGUUUUUUUAAUAAUUAAUUCUUAUGAUUACAAUUAUGUUAAUUAAUUAAUAAAAUUAACCGAAUAUAUAGUAAUUCAUAAUUCUGCUUCACCAACUGCGCAAAUUUGCUACGCAUCUCGUUUACUUGCUUUUAUUUUAUAUUGUAUAUCGUCGAGAUUUUCAUAAGGCUUUACAAUAUAAUUUAUUAUAAAGCGACUUCGCUUUUUAUUUAAUUUGAUUUUUGUUUUGUUUCUUUUUGUUUUCUAAACAUUAGGGGGUACGUUAAAUUAUUGCAAAAAGGAGUGCUAAGUUGUGUAAAUAUGUGUGCAUAUGAAAUGUAAUUUAGUGUCAGAAUGCUGUUUUCUUUUGUUUUUUUGUUCAGAAUUGUCUGCGAAAUUUGUGUAAUUUUUAUAUUAAAUAAUU